GUGGGAAAGAAGAAAGCAGUAGCUAGGACUUGGUAAUAGCACUAGCUGUGCUGGCAAGUGAGUAGAGAGGGAUGAGACACUUCCCAGAGAUGCUUGUACGAUGGGUUCAUUGAAACCAUCUUUGGGUGUAAAAUUAUUUUCUGAGCACAGCAUCUCUACUCUGUCGAGAAGCUCCCAAUUCAGCUGAUCCUUGAGGCAUAGAACUCAAGGACUGGAGUGGCAGGAGCAGGGAUUUUAGUUCCAUUAUCACUGUCUUGUCAUCACUGGCUAAGAACUUACCUAACAAGACUGCCUGGCAGCAUCCAUUAUAUUUAAAGCCAUGAUUAAUCUGCCCUCAGUUGAGAAAUUUCUGGUUGCAACAUCAUCUGAACCAUUUAGAAGAAAGCACGUUCUACUGACAGACAUCUCUGCAAGGAGCUGGAAUCAGCGUGAAGUCCUCGGGACUUGAAGACAGACUUCCAAAGAACUGAUAGAUCUGGGGCUGGUGAUAUAGUUUGGUGCAAAGGCCCUGGGUCCAAUCUACAGUAUAAAAAAGAAAAACUUCCAGUAAAUUAGUCAACUCCAAAUGUGGCAGCUUUUAGCAGCAGCAUGUUGGAUGCUUCUCCUUGGACCUAUAUAUGGUUAUGAUAAGCAAAGAAGAAGCACAAACCCUGAAGCUAAUAUGAACAUUAGCCAGAUUAUUUCCUAUUGGGGUUAUCCUUAUGAAAAGUAUGAUAUUGUGACAAAAGAUGGCUAUAUCCUUGGAACUUACAGGAUUCCUUAUGGAAGAGGAUGCCCAGAGAAAACAGCUCCAAAGCCUGUUGUAUAUUUGCAUCACGGCUUGUCUGCAUCUGCCAGUGACUGGAUUUGCAACCUGCCCAACAACAGCUUGGCUUUCCUUCUAGCAGACAAUUGUUAUGAUGUGUGGUUGGGGAACAGUCGAGGAAACACCUGGUCUAGAAAGCACCUGAAACUGUCACCCAAAUCAUCAGCAUUCUGGGCUUUCAGUUUGGAUGAGAUGGCUAAAUAUGACCUUCCAGACACAUUUGAUUUAAUCACAAAGAAAACCGGACAAGAGCAGCUCUUCUACGUGGGCCACUCUCAGGGGACCACCAUAGCUUUCAUGGCAUUCUCUACAAAUGCAGAAUUGGCUAAAAGGAUUAAGAUAUUUUUUGCACUAGGACCAGUUGUCACUGUGAAAUAUACUCAAAGUCCACUGAAAAGAUUUUCAAAAUUUUCCAGACCAGCCAUUAAGGCAUUGUUUGGUGAUAAAAUGUUCAGCCCUCACACACCACUCGAGCACUUCAUUGCCACAAGGGUGUGCAGUAAGAAGAUAUUCCAUUCCAUAUGCAGCAAGUUCCUAUUUAACCUAGUUGGAUUUGAUAUAAGAAACUUAAAUAUGAGUCGCUUGGACGUUUAUAUGUCACAGAAACCUGCAGGAACGUCUGUGCAGACCAUGCUGCACUGGGCCCAGAUUUUAAAUUCUGGUCAACUUCAAGCAUUUGACUGGGGAGAUCUUGAUCAAAACAUGAUUCACUUCCACCAGAUUACACCUCCUUUAUACAACAUCACUAAAGUGGAAGUUCCAACAGCAAUAUGGAGUGGCGGACAGGAUAUUGUGGCUGAUCCUAAGGACAUACAGCAUCUAUUACCUAAAGUUGCCAACCUUAUUUACUACAAAAUGAUUCCACACUACAAUCAUAUGGAUUUUUACCUUGGAGAGGAUGCGUACCAGGAAAUUUACCAAGACUUAAUUAGACUGAUGAAAGAAUGUUUAUAAAAUUGAAUACAUUUCCUUUCUUUAGGCAAGUGAGUUUUUAUAAUAAUAAUGAGGUGGCUAGAUCUAAAGGUAAUCCUCAAUAAUUUUGACCUUCUGCUAUUUUCUGUCCUUUCAGUGAUAUUAUGAUUUGAGUCUUACUUCUAGCCAACAGAAUAGCAAAAGUGGUAGACACAUAAGUUACAAUAUAUAUGAAAGGUGAUGGGAUGUUAUUCCCUAAUUAUAUUUCAUUAUAUGGUAUCACACACAUGCCUAUAAUUCCAUCACUCUGGGAGGCAAAAGUAGGAGCAUUGUAGGUUUGAACCCAACAUGGGCAAUUUAGUGACUUAGCAAGGCCUUGCGUUAAAAUUUUAAAAGAUGCUGAUGCAGCCCAGUGUGAAGGCUCAUAGUUCAAGCCUUAGUACUGAAAAAAUACAUCAGAGUAGACUGGAACAACAAAUUGUCCUUGUUGGCCUGAUGAAACAAAUAGAUGUAAUCAGGAAGCCGACUCUUCAAAGGAUGGUGUGUGGCUUUUAGAGCCUUCAUGCUUUUAAGCAGAAUAACGCAGGGCUCCCAGACACACGGCCGCGGAAAA